CAUUCGUCGUCCUAAUCGUUUUUCCGCACACCCAUUUCUCUUGUGGUUUCAAUUAUUCCUUGUGUCUCUGCAACAUGGCUGAAUCAUUUGCCUUUGCCAUAGCUGACAGAGUUUUGGGGAAGUUGGGCUCUGCCCUCAUCCAAGAAGUUGGCCUUGCCUGGGGUGUUAAAACCGAGCUGGAAGAGCUCAACGAUACUUUAUCCACCAUCCGAGCGGUGCUCUUAGAUGCUGAGGAGAAGCAAGCCACCAGCCAUCAGCUGAGAGAUUGGCUGGGAAAGCUCAAAGUUGGCUUUUAUGAUGCUGAAGAUAUUGUCGAUGAAUUUGAAUAUGAGGCCUUACGCCAGAAAGUGGUGGCUAGUGGGAGCUUUAAAACCAAGGUAUGCAGUUUCUUUUCAAGUCCAAAGUCACUUGCAUUCAAUCUUAAGAUGGGUCAUAGGGUGAAGAAGAUAAGAGGGAGAUUAGAUAAAAUUGCAGCUGAUAAGUCAAAAUUUAAUCUCAUCGAGGCUGUUGCAAACACGCCUGUUGUGCUAAGCAAGAAGGAGAUGACCCACUCCUUUGUCCGAGCUUCCGAUGUUAUCGGGAGAGACGAUGAUAAAGAAAAUAUUGUUGGGCUUUUGAUGCAACCUAGCGAUACUGAGAAUGUUUCUGUAAUUCCCAUAGUCGGGAUUGGGGGGCUAGGCAAGACAACUCUGGCUAAACUUGUGUAUAAUGAUGAGAGAGUAGUGGGGCAAUUCUCCACUAAAAUGUGGGUUUGUGUGUCAGAUGAGUUUGAUAUUGAAAAGCUUAUAAAGAAAAUCCUUAAGGAGAUCAGGAAUGGUGAUGAAAGUUACAGUGACUCCUCCAUGGAGCAGUUGCAGAGUCAUCUUAGAAAUGCAUUAGAUGGUGAAAAAUUCUUGCUGGUUUUGGAUGAUGUGUGGAAUACGGAUCGUGAGAAGUGGCUUAAGCUGAAAGACUUGCUCGUGGACGGUGCCAAUGGAAGCAAAAUUCUUGUAACUACACGCAAGAAGUCAACUGCUUCAAUCAUGGGCACUUUUCCCAUGCAAGAAAUAAAGGGUCUUUGUCAUGACGAUUGUUUGUCUUUAUUUGUGAAAUGCGCAUUUAGGGACGGAGAAGAUGAGUAUCCAAACCUUUUAAAAAUUGGGGAUCAGAUUGUUGAGAAAUGUGCAGGGGUUCCCCUUGCUGUGAGAAGUUUAGGGAGUUUACUGUAUUCGAAAAGGGAUGAAUGGGAUUGGGUAUCCAUUAGAGAUAGCGAAAUAUGGGCAUUAGAACAAAAUGAAGAUGGUAUUAUGGCUGCAUUAAGACUGAGCUAUUAUGAUUUGCCUUAUCACUUGAAGCAAUGCUUUGCUCUUUGUUCCUUAUUUCCCAAAGAUUAUGAAUUUAGUAAUGUUGUUUUGAUCUCAAUUUGGAUGGCAGAAGGCCUCAUUCAUUCAUCGGGACAAAAUGCCAAAAUGGAGGAUAUUGGUGAGAGAUAUAUUAAUGAGCUAUUAUCGAGAUCUUUCUUUCAAGAUGUUGAGCAGUUGAUACUAGGAGUACUAUAUAAAUUUGAAAUGCAUGAUCUUGUACAUGAUCUUGCGAUGUUUUUUGCACAACCUGAAUGUUUAACACUAAAUUUUCACAGUAAAUAUAUUCCUAAAAGGGUUCAACAUGUCGCAUUUUCUGAUACCGAUUGGCCGAAAGAAGAGCUUUAA